GGGGCCGGGGAGUGACGCGUAAACAGCCCGGCGGCGGCCCCGGCAAGCGGGAGCUGCCGCUGCCGCUCCGCGCCCCGGCGCACCGCCUGGCAUCCCCACUGCCCGGUGCCGGCGGAGCGGACGAGGAGCAGGACGAGGAGGGGAAAGGCUGGCGCCGUUUCUCGCAGCGGCCCCCAAAGCUUUGUGGCCGCAGCCCGGCGCGGCCGGCGGGAGCGGCGGCCGUAGGAAGCGCCCGGGGCGGGAGGAGCCGCCUCGGGCAGCGCAUCGCGGCCCUCGGGUGCGCGGCGGGGCCGGCGGCGUUGGAGGAGCCCGAGCGGCGGCGGGGGCCGCGCGGUGAAGAUGGCGACCCCGGGCAUGGGCUGGCAGCAGCCGCAGCACGGCUACGGCGGCGGCUCCGCGCCCGGCGCGGGGAAACUGGGCUCGGGCUCGGCACAGGCGGGGCUGGGCGCCGAGCACAGCCCGGACCUGCACUUCAAGAUGAGCAAGAAGAUCGCCCAGCUGACGAAGGUAAUAUAUGCUUUGAACACGAAAAACGAUGAACACGAAGCAGCUAUCCAAGCCCUGAAAGAUGCUCAUGAAGAAGAAAUUCAACAAAUUCUUGCGGAGACCAGAGAGAAGAUCUUGCAGUAUAAAAGUAAAGUGGCAGAAGAAAUGGAUCUCAAGAGAAAGAUUCAGGUUUUGGAAGAGUCACUAGAAGAUCAUAAAAAGAUGAAACACCAGGCCUUGACAGAAUUUGAAGCGUAUAAGGAUAGAGUUGAAGAUAUGCAGCUUUGUGCAGAAGCUCAGCAUGUCCAACGUGUAGUGACCAUGUCAAGGGAAGUAGAAGAGAUCAGAAAGAAAUUUGAGGAAAGGCUGCGAAGUUUCAUACAGUUGCAAGUGCAGUAUGAGAAGGACAAGCGUACAGCUCUCGAAGACUUAAAAGCUGCCCACAGGCUUGAGAUUCAAGAACUUCUCAAGACUCAUCAGAGUCAGAAUGCUACCUUAAGUAAGGGGCAAGAAAAAUUAGAGGAAUUGCAUAGACUGGAGCUGGAAGACUUAAACAAUAAAGUUGAAGAGUUAAGACUGGAAAGAAAAAAACUCAUUGAGGACUAUGAAGGCAAACUCAGCAAAGCACAGUCCUUCUAUGAACAUGAACUUGACUCUUUGAAAAGAUCGCAGCUUUUUACAGCUGAAAGUCUACAUGCUUGCAAAGAAAAAGAAGUGGAGCUGAGAAAAGAAUUUCAAAACCAGGAAAGUAUGUUACGGAAGAAUCUGGGAAAGCUUAAAACUGAAUUGCAAAUGGUCCAGGAUGAAGCUGCCAGUCUAAGGGAAAAAUGCCAAAAACUUCAGGUGGCUCUUGGUACAGCAGAAAACAAUGUUCAGGUUCUUCAAAAACAGCUAGAUGAUGUGAAGGAGGAGGAGAUGUCAUUGUUAAGCAAACACAAAGAAGUGGAAAGCGAGCUCGCGGCUGCUAGAGAGCGCUUACAGCAGCAGGCCACUGAUCUUGUUCUCAAAGCCAGUCACAUUGGAAUGCUUCAAGCUACUCAAAUGACUCAAGAAGUUACAAUCAGAGAUUUGGAAUCAGAAAAAUCUAGACUAAAGGAAAAAUUGUCCCAACUGGAAGAGGAAAGAAACUUAUUACAAAGCAAAACACAGAGUCUGGAUGAGCGACAAAGGCAGCAAAUUCUGGCAUUGGAGAAGAAAGUAAAUGAAGCAAGGGAGACACAACGUGAAUAUUAUGAGAAGGAGCUGGUAAAAUUGCAAGCAAGGUUGGAAGGAGAGGCUGCACAGUUAAAGGAGGCUCACUCCAAGACCUUAGAAGAGCUGGCAUGGAAACACCAUACUGCAAUUGAGGCUGCACACAGUAAUGCUAAUAAGGAUAAGAAGAAACUGCAGAUGGAGUUGGAGCAGCAGUUUGAGAAGGAGAAACUACAUUUGGAGGAUGACAAGAAUCAGCUCCGACAGCAGUUGGAAAACAUGAAGGAAGAGCUGACAACGAAACUGUCUUCUGCCAAUCAAGAGGUGUGUCGUCUGCAAGACCUAGUACGAAAAAGUGAGCAAGGCCUUGGGACUGCAGAAGGACAUAUCUCCAGUCUUCAAGAAGCUCAGGAAAUACUCCAGAAAGAACUAGAAUUAACUAGAGCAAGACUGCGAGAGACCACAGAUUCGUUGUAUAGUGUUGAGGGAGAACUAGACCAGGAGAGACAACAGCACGAGGCAAUGAUUGCUGCCAUGAGAGAAGAGGAAAAGUUCAAAGUUGACAGAAUGGCGCGUGACUUGGAAAUAAAAUGGACAGAAAAUCUUCGGCGAGAAUGUAAUAAGCUUCGUGAAGAGCUGAGGCUGCAGCAUGAAGAGGAUAAGAAGGCAGCCAUGACUCAGCUGUUGCAGCUGAAAGAACGAGAAAAAAAUGCAGCAAGAGAUGGAUGGCAAAAAAAGGUUGAAGAUCUUUUAGACCAGCGGCACUGUCUCGGUGAAGCUUUGCAUAAAUCUAUCAGCAAUAUCUCCUUACUGAAGCAGAAUCUGGAGAUGCAGCUUUCCCAGUCUCAGAGCUCUUUGCAACAGCUACAAGCCCAGUUCAGUCAGGAGCGACAGAGGCUGACUCAGGAGAUCCAGGAAUUAGAAGAGGAGCAUCAGCAAAGGCAUAAGUCCCUUCAGGAAGCCCAUAUCCUUGCCUUUCAAAACAUGGAAGAAACAAAAGAGCAAGAACAAAAGGAAUUAGAAGAACGUUUACAACAGAAGCAUUCAGAAGAACUUCAUGCACUGAAAGAAACACAUAAACAAGCCAUGGAAGGCUUUAAAUUGGAGAUGGAACAGGAACUUCAGACUCUACGAUUUGAGCUGGAGGAUGAAGGAAAAGCUAUGUUAGCUUCCUUGCGCUCAGAGCUCAAUCACCAACAUGCAGCAGCAAUUGACCAGCUGAGGCACAACCAUCAACAAGAACUGGUAGCUGCCAAAAUGGAGCUCGAAAGAAGCAUAGAAAUCGGCAGGCGACAGGAGAAAGAAUUUUUAUGCCGAAUAUCAGAUCUGCAAGAUGAACUGAGACACCGAGACCAUCAUAUAGCUGAACUGGACAAAGAGAUUCUGCAUCUUCAUGAAAAUAUAAGUGCAUUGACAAAGGAAUUAGAGUUUAAAGGGAAAGAAAUUCUUAGAAUACACAGUGAAUCCAACCAACAGAUCAGGAUGCAUGAGCAAGAUUUAAGCAAGAAACAUGAGAAAGAGCUGGAUGUCUUGACAGCAGAUCACAUCAGAGAGAAACAAAGCAUGCUGGCAGAUUUUAAUAAGACCCAAGAGCUGCUCAAGGAAAUUAAUUCAGCUUUACAAAUUUCUUUAGAAGAAAUGGAAGAAAAAUAUAAAAACAGAGAAUCAAGACCAGAAGACUUGCAGCUUAUCUCAGAACUGAAAGACCUAAUUGCAGAGCGGGACCAGCUCAUAAAGAAACUGAUUGAGGACAAAAAGUUCUAUCAGCUGGAACUAGUUGACAGGGAGACUAACUACAACAAAAUGUUUAAUGCAAGCCCUAAUGUUGGUGUUAUUAAUCCAUUGGUGAAGCAAAAGAAGAAGAACGAUAAAUCAACAAACAGGUUUGUGAGUGUCCCCAAUCUAAGUGCUCUGGAAUCUAGCGGAGUGGUGGGCAAUGGACAUCCUAAUCGCCUGGACCCCAUUCCUAACUCACCCAUCCACGAUAUUGAGUUCAACAGCAGCAAACCACUACCACAGCCAAUGCCACCCAAAGAGCCCAAGACGUUUUUGAGCCCUCCUCCGACUGAUGCCUCACCAGUGGCUUCACCAGAUCCGCAACGCCAGGAGUGGUUUGCCCGAUACUUCACGUUCUGAGAGAUGAUUUGUUUUUGUGGCACAGCGUGAUGUGGACUGUUUAUAAGAGCAUGACCUUAAGUAAACCCUCAUGUGAACAAGCUUUCCUGUAAUUUGUCAAACACUGUGAAUGAGAAAGUAUUUGUCUUUCUGAUUUGAAACUGCACUGUAUUUCAUGUUAUAUUUGUUGAAAUCACUUGACAUGGUACUAUACAAUAUGUGUAAUUAUACCUAUUAUUUUUAUUUAAAAUGGAAGAAAGAGUCUUUAAACUUUGUAAUUACUACAUAAUAAAUUUUGGUAGAACAAACAAUGCUUUCCCCCUUUUUCCUAUAAGUGCUUUCUUUGAUUUCAGGUAAGGCUUUUCCCCUUCAAUAACGUAAUUGCAUGGUUAAUAUAAAUACAUCUUAAAUUGUCAAAGGAAAAGGUAUAUAUCUUGCACUCUCUCCAAUUUGAGCAGGAUGUGUUUAAUGCAUCCCAGUUCCCUUACUUUGUAGCAGUUUAAAAACUGUCUCUAACACUUAAAAGGAAGAAUGCUAAAUAAAACUAGCAUAGCUUCUGGCCUUCAAAGCAGAGUCAUUCUGAUAGAGGAUGAAAAAAGCCACAAACCAGGAGCUGUUCACUGGGGUUGGGGGAUGACUCCUCACUUAUUGCUCAUGAGGCUUUGCCAUCUCAUUAUAAUCAAACAUUUUAUCACUGAAUUUAAACAGAAACUGUUCCACAGGUUCUAUAUUUCUUUUGUGAAUAUUAACAAAAACAAAUACUUGAUAUAUUUAGAAAAUUCUGCUAAGUAUCUCUGCAUAAAUCAAGAGUCUACAUUUUGAGCAUAAAGUCCUGCUUUGGAUAAAAUUCACGUCUGAAAUAAAAAAAGGAAAGCCCCAAACAAACAAACAAAAGCAACCACCCAACUUUUUGCCAUUUAUUCAUACUACAGAUACAGAUGUUUCCUUAAAAAUUAGUUACCUUCCCUUGUCUAUAUUAAUUUCUUUUCUUCUUCUUAAACUGAUAUAUGAAGAUGCUUUUUCAGCUAGUGAGCAUGAUUCCCCAAUCUGUACCUUUUAUGAUGUCAGUGUUGCUCGAGAAAUUUGUUGUAGCAUAUAGAGAACCAGAGCUUAUUGUCUUUUUUAUAUUUUUUCAUUCAAAGAUUACCACAAAGUAACUCACACUGGUAGUCUCAGGGAGAACAUUGUCUUUGUUUUAUGAAUGUAUUUUUAAGCUGAAUCUCUUAUCUUUUAAAAGCAAGAAAAAAAAUGUUUGAUUUAUUUGAAUAAGGCUCUAGUUCGCAUAUACAAAGGUCUUGAACUUUAAUAUUUCAUCUGAAGCCCUAACUACAUCCUUUUUUUGCUAUAUGCACAAAGAUAAAUACCCAGAUGAAGAUACUUGCUAAUUAAAAUGAGUUUUAUAUGUAGUAUAUGUAUAAAUGAAAAAUUUGUAUGUUUUCAUAUAAACAAUAUACAGAUCUUCUAAAUGCACAUUUAAAAACUUCUAUCUUAUAAUUCAGCUUGAAAACACCACUGAAAGCUGUAUUCUGGUGAUGCUGCCAUGGAUUAAAGAUGUAUACAGCAGAUUUUCGGUAGCUGGUGGACUCAACUGUAGGUAUAUGCAACUUUUUAUUUUUAGAAGAAAGCCAUAUUGGGCAAAAUGUCAGAUUUCUUGGCUGUUACCCAAAAUAAAAUUCACUAGAUCAUUUUGUUAUAAUGUUCUGAA